GCGGCUCACCAAAAUUGAUAACGCAUUGUCAGUUUGCAUUUAUACAUUGCCAUUUGUGCAUCUGACGACCUUAUAUCCAAAAGUACUUUUACAAAAUGUAUCUUAAAUUAAUAUGUGUAGCAGUUUUGUGUGGACUUCAAAUUGAUCUCUCUUACGGAUUGAAGUGCUACUCUUGCACCCAAUCUGGAGUUGACAAUGACCGGAAAUGUGAAACGAACCCAAAGUCAAUUCAAAACUCGGCUAUUAAUUGCAACAAAAAGUACUGCGUAAUUCGCAGAAUCGAGUUUGUUGAUCAGCCAAAAGGGCCCCUAUUUUCUUUCUAUCGCGGCUGUGAGCAGCGUCCUGACUUCAUUAACACGGAGAUAACUGAUUCACAAUUCAAAACUUAUUACCGGGCCUGCACUACAAAUUUGUGCAACGAUGGAGACGGCCGAACUGGCAGUGGCAGCGGGGGUGGCAUCAAUAGUGACGGAAGUGAUGGUGGAGGCGCGAUUAUGGUGCCAGGUAUUGGCGAAAACGCAUCUGCCAAUAUGGUCCCACUUGCUGGAAUGUCUUUAUUGGUUUUUAUUUUCACCAUUAAAUAUUUUCUGUGCUGAAAUAUAUUGUUAUAAUGAUAUAUUUAUAGUAAUGUUUCAUUAAAAUCAAGAUAUUUAUUUUUAUUUUAGAUUAAUUAAUACACAUGUAACACAAAGUUCCUGCAAAUUUUUGUCCGGGACGAAUAUUGAAUGAAAUGAUGAAAAUUUACUAAUUGUAAGUUCCCAA